AUGCGUGACUUGUCUCUUUUAGCGAAGAAAGAGGAGAAGGUGGACGCAAAGGAAUUGAUCCAGAAACUCAUCGACAAACUUGACCAUUACAAAUUACGAAGUGAAUCCCUCAAGGACCAACGCACACUCUUCGAACAAGUGCAAGUAACAGUCCUGCAACUAAAGCAAAAGGGAGAACACGUAGACAGUCAAGUUAUGGUCAAGAAAGUGUUGAGCAAAUUUCCUGCACAUAUCCAGAGGAGAGUGCUAGCGAAGAGACGUACACUUCCAUCGACUACUUCAUCCACAAUGGAAACGCUGUUCAACAUAAUCGAAGACGUCUUGUCCGAGGAAGAAAUGAUGAACCUCUACGUCAAGGAACCAAUGUCCACGUCACAGACAACAUCCGCCAAAGAGUUCCGAAAGCAGGCCAAUCUCCAGGCGAGCCUCUGCAUGUUCUGCGAAGGCGUACACAAGUCAUCUCAUUGCGAUACAUAUAAGACCCCGAGAGAAAGAACAAAGUACUUACGAGACCGUCGUCUUUGCCAACUCUGCGCAUCACACAGCACAAGACAUCUGAAUGCAAACGUAAGAAUUGUUUCCGAUGCGGAGGACCUCACCACUUCAUCAUGUUGCUUCAAGACCACGUCAACAUCAAACAACGCCCACGAAAUGAAGGAGCAAGUUGUGAGGAAGUUGUAA